CACACACACACACACACACACUGGUUCUUGUCAGAGGAGGAGCAACAUCAACAUCGGGUUACUUUCUGCUUCUCUCUCUGCUCCAGUGUGUCAACAGAGGUGAGAGUAACAUGGACCAAACUAAAACAGCUCAUCCAUGUCAUUCCCAGCAGAUAAGGUUUUGUACAGAUGCUGUUCGAGCCUGAAACAUCUGUGAGAAGGAUAUCCAAAACCAGACAGUAUGGAGACUCUGAAUUUCUCCAACACUACCAACAUCAGCAGCGAUGAUAACACCAGCCUCUUCUCUGGAAGCCCUUACUCGACUGUCGAGAUCGUACUCAUCAUCCUGGUGGCUGGAUCUCUGAGUCUGAUCACCGUCAUCGGAAACAUCCUGGUCAUGCUCUCUAUAAAGGUAAACAGGAAUCUGCAGACUGUCAACAACUACUUCCUGUUCAGCCUGGCCUGUGCUGACCUCAUUAUUGGCGUCUGCUCCAUGAACCUCUACACUGUCUAUAUUGUAAUUGGCUACUGGCCCUUGGGAGCAGUGGUGUGUGACCUGUGGUUGGCUGUUGAUUAUGUCGUCAGCAACGCCUCAGUCAUGAACCUGCUCAUCAUUAGUUUUGACCGUUACUUCUGUGUCACCAAACCGCUCAGCUACCCAGCGCGCCGCAGCACCAAGAUGGCGGGUCUGAUGAUCGCCGCUGCCUGGGUCUUGUCCUUCAUCCUGUGGGCUCCAGCUAUUUUGUUCUGGCAGUUCAUUGUGGGUGGGAGAACCGUGCCGCCAGAUGAGUGCUACAUCCAGUUCUUCUCAAACCCUGCGGUGACAUUUGGGACAGCCAUAGCAGCUUUUUACCUACCAGUAGUCAUCAUGAUCUACCUUUACUGGCGCAUCUCCAAGGCCAGCCGCAGCCGCAUGAGGAGGGACAGCAGGAAGACCUCAGGUACCAGUCUGGGAGAGGGCCCCUCUCACAGCCAGGAGGAUGGAUGUGAGAGCCAGAACAACUGCAUUACAACAAGAGACGCUCAGGUGGACCCUGGAGAUGAGAAGGAAAAGUUGCAGCAGAACAAUGGAAGCAGACCAUGUCAGGAAGAAAGAACUGACCAGGUGGACUCCAAGGCAGACAGCAACCAGGCUUCAACGUCUAAGGACACUGCGGCCCCUACGUUAUUACAGAAAGGCUUAAAUGGUGGGAAACAGACAAAUCAAACACAGCCACCUUCUCCACAGAAUUCAGCCGCUGACAGACAAAGUAUGGCCACAAGAACACUGUUCAAGGUGACGAAACAGAGUGCUGUGGCAAAGUGGAAAAGGAAAGGCAUUUCUUCCAGGGAGAAAAAGGUGACACGCACCAUCAUGGCCAUCCUGGUUGCUUUUGUUGCCACAUGGACACCGUACAACGUGAUGGUCCUGAUCAAUACCUUCUGUUCCAUCUGCAUCCCAAACUCCCUCUGGACCAUCGGCUACUGGCUCUGCUACAUCAACAGCACAAUCAACCCAGCCUGCUACGCCCUCUGCAACACCACCUUCAAAAACACCUUUAAGCACCUGCUGCUGUGCCAGUACAAGAAUAUACGUACAGCACGAUGAAUGUUAAAAAAAAUACAGACGCAUGUUUGUUAUAAUGUGAUAAAUCUUGUAAACUGAGAUGACACAAAUAUUGGAGUGAACAUAUUGUUAAAAUAAAGACUGUGUGUGUAUGUGUGUGUGUGUUUAGUGUCCGGUUAGAUUUGUCAUAUUAAGAUAAUGACAUCCGUAAUCCAUGUUGUUGUGAAAUAAGCCCAAAUGUGAUAUUCGUCCGUAUCUUACCCUCUUUCACGUAUUAUUACAUGUUUUCAAUAAAUACAAGGGAUAAUGACAGAAUAUGUAGUUUAAUGUCAGUUUACUUUGUCAUAACUUCAAAUAAACUGGUUUCAUCAGGUAUUACACACUGCACCACAAAAAAGUGCAGUGCACUGGAGGAAACAGGGGAAACCCUAAGACGCAAUGCCUUUUUGUACCUGUAACCAUCUUCCGCAGCAAAGUGUGUCAUCUCUACAGGAGAUUAUUGGAAACUAUAGCUUCAUUCUACCUAGUUAGAAGAAGAAACAAGCAUAGUAUACAAAUGUCAAUUAUUUGUGGCUAAUAGCUACUUACCCAAGCUAUGCUAUUUUUCUCCUUUUCUGACUGAUUCUCACUACUUUUGUCUCUUAUAUAACU